CUGGAAGACUGUCACACCUGUCCUGAGUGUCAGACUAGUGAGAUUUACAAUUAGGAUUUCCUGCAGGGUCAUGAAUAAUGUGAUUCUCCCAGAGUGAAGCCUUUUGCACGUUUAGGUGGCUGGGACAUUAUCUGCAAUUUGGAUUCCUACUUGGAUUUACUUUGGAUUGGUGGAGGCUACUGGGCAGCUACAAAAUGCCACCUCAAGUGAUGCUGGACUGUACUGAUCAGAAGAGACUGAGUCCUCAAAUCUCCGAACUCCUUUGCAAACAGAACUCAAGGCCCAACAGCCAGGAGCUGGGCAUCAAAUGUGUCCUGGUGGGUGAUGGAGCAGUGGGCAAGACUAGCCUGGUGAUCAGCUACACUAUAAAUGGUUACCCUACUGAAUAUCAGCCAACCGCCCUGGAUACUUUUUCUGUUCAAGUUUUGGUGGACGGGGCACCUGUUCGAAUCCAGCUUUGUGACACUGCAGGACAGGAAGACUUUGACCACCUGCGAUCCCUGUGUUACUCAGAGACUGAUGUUUUCCUGGUGUGUUUCAGCGUUGUGAACCCCAGUUCCUUCCAGAAUGUCACUGAGAAAUGGAUCCCUGAGAUCCGAACACACAGCCCCCACACACCUAUUGUGCUGGUGGGAACCCAAGCGGACCUUAGAGACGAUGUGAAUGUCUUGAUCAACCUGAGCCGUUCCCAUGUAAAACCCGUGAGUGAGUCCCAAGCUCAAGCAGUGGCACAGAAAAUCCGGGCUCAGACCUACAUUGAGUGUUCUGCUUUGACGCAAAAGAACCUUAAAGAGGUGUUUGAUGCUUCCAUUCUCGGUGCAAUUAAACACAAGGCACACCUGGAGAAAAAACUGACCAGCAAGGGCGUUAAAAGACUCUCAAAAUGCAGAUGGAAGAAAUAUUUCUGCUUUGUUUGAGCCAGUUUUCUUUUCUCUUCGAUCUGGCCUACACUAGUUGGACAGGGCACUCCCUGCUAAUUUCUGAAUGGAAGAAAGGACGUUGGGUCCCUGUCCUUGAGAAUGACGACCACAAGGGCAGAACUGGUUUUUCAAUAGGGACAAUGGAGCUGGUGACGUGCUCUAUCAGAUAAAGGCAUAGCAUGAACGCUCUCGUGUAGAACUGCUAGUGUAAAAGGAGACGGCCGUUCUUGGUGCAUGGAAAUUGAUGAAACUCUCCUGUAUAUGUGCAGGAAUUUAUUGUACAAAAAAAGUCCUAAAAAGGUGAAAGGAUACCAGAAUGUGUAUAUGGUCAGACUGGGGUCAUUAUGUACCUGGAUAACUCUGCCUGACUGUGUUUAACUAAAUGGCUUAAUUAUUAUGUCUAAAAUACUGCUGAACCUUAAAGCAAUUACCGUAAAGGAAAGUAUUGCCAAAAAAUAGAUUUGUUAUUUUAUUUCCUUAAAACAAAAACAGGAUAGUGAACUGAAGACCAGAGAGGGUAAAAAACCAUGCUAAACAAAUAAAUAAUUUCUGCAGAAAAAAACAUUUCAAACAUUAUCAAAACCAGUGUAAAGGUUGACUUGUAACUCCCAGCAA